AUGGGAUCUAUCAACAAACUGAACGUUGAUGCUCCUAGUUUUACUCCCAACCAAGCAUCAUCAUCGCAUGCGCCGAAUAAAGGAAAAAAGGCUGAAGCUGGUAGCUCGAAACGAUCGGAUUCACAUGGAUCUUCUAAGAAGAGUCAAGGAAUGCCUCGAAAAAACCAACCUUCUGCUUCUGGAGGAAAGUCACAUAAGAGCAAGACUCGACCCAGUAAGAAGACAAGUGCCGUCUCUGAGGCAAUCAAUGAUUCGUUAGAAGAUGCCCAAAAUGAACAUGAUGAUCAUCUUUUCGACAUUCUAUCUGCUAGGACCAAUCGUCGUGGUCAAAUAAGUUUAAACCAUUUAUUGAAUUUUCAAUUUGCCCCAAGGAAUACCUACAGCACGAUGUCUGCCCCUCCCAGACGAACUAGGCAAUACAAUACUUACGGUUAUGGCUCGGGCUACCAUCCGAUGGACAAGGCCCGGUAUGUGAAUGCAAAUUAUCGAUUUAUUGUCUCGCCUCUUGGAGAAUAUCAAUAUCAGAAGUUGGAUCCAGACUCUCCAGUGAAAUGGGAAGAUGUUUGGCAAGUGUUGUGUUCUUCUGAUUUUCAAGUUGCUGUCUGUCCGUUUUGUCUUGGUGAAAAGCCAGUUGCUGCUCGUAUGUCCCGCUGCGGCCAUGCUUUUUGUUUACCUUGCUUGCUUCGCUACAUGGAGACACCCACGAAUGAGGAAGUGAAAGCAGCUGAACAUUCUGGCUCUAAAGUUCCAAAAUGUGGUACCCGAACGUGUCCGAUUUGUUUGGAUGUUAUUAGGAUACGUGAUAUUCGUCCCAUCCGUUGGGUGCAGGAUGAAGAAUUUCAAAAACUAGAAGAAGGAAAAUUGGUAUGUCUUCGUUUAUACCAAAGAAAUGUCGGCUCUAUCUUGGCAUUUCCUAGGGCGUUUCGAUCUUUUGCGGUUGACGGUUCAUUCCAUACUGAUAGUUUUCCUAAUGUCUCUAUGGAUGGUGCUGCAUAUGCUCGAAUCAUAAUCGGUACUCACGAAUACAUGCUUCAACAGUAUAGCAACGAAAUUGAACAGCUAGCUCAGGUUGCUGCUGAGGACGUCGGAUUGUACGGAGUAGCUGAUUGUUAUUAUGAAAAAGCAACUGCAAAGCUCCUAGACCAAACAACUACUUUAUCCUCCAGUUUGGAUCAAAAUGAGCAAACAUCUCUUGCAGCUAAUAUUGAUAACCUGAGCUUACAAGAUAAUGCAUUAAAGCAGUUGUCAAGCGUUGAGGAUCUUGAAAAGACUACCGGUGACUCUGAAGAAACAGAUUCUUAUCUAUUUUAUCAACCUUCCGCACAUUCGCAUGUAUACCUUGCACCAUUGGAUAUUCGGAUUCUCAAAACCGCAUUUGGGUCGUACGCCCGAUUCCCAAAUGAGCUGCAGCCUGUUGUAGAAAGGAUUUCUUCAGGACACUCCGUAAAUACGGAAUUUAGGCAGCGCUUUAAAUACAUGGGACACUUACCAGAAGGCUGUGAAGUCGCCUUUAUUGAGUGUGAUUGGUCCAAGGUAGUACCUGAAGAGACGUUGAAGGUGUUUAGGACUGAAAUUAAUAAGCGUCGUAAGCAACGUAAGGCUCAAGAAACAAGAGAAGAGAAAUAUCGACAAAGAGCUCAACGUGCAACAGAGGAUCAAAUAUUCACAGAACUAAAUAUGCAACGACCUAUCCCUCGUCAAAUAAUUCAAGAAGAAAAUACCGCUGAAGCUUUUCCUACCUUGGAGUCUCUCAACGUGAGCGGAGAAGGCAAUUCUUCGACACGUUCAAAUGACGAAAACGAAAUUGCCAAUACUCUGGAUGCCAAUCAAAGGGCAACAGAAAGGCAGACGAUUAAAACAGUCUGGGGAACGCACGCAAUUUCUGGAGCAUCCCAUGAAACAGACGAAAGUGAGGAUUUAGACGCCUGGAAGGUGGAUUGGGAGAAGAUAGCAAACAUGAGCGCGAAUUCCAAGAAUUCAAAGAACAAGAAAAAGAAGAAACUCGUAUUAUUAAGUACGGGAGGAGGGCGCCGUUUGGUAAUGUUGUUCACGGAAGUAGAAACGAGUGAAUUUGGUAAGGUAAUUUGUAAUGGAAAAUAA